CGUGCCCUUGUUUAUUCCAUUGACGCGCAUGCCGAACACUCGUUAAUACACCGUUAUAUGCAUAUCGCGUCGCAUAGUAAGACAACAACAAGAUGGGCAAUCCAAAUGAUGUGAUGAUUGAUAUUCCAUUGAGCAAUGUCGGCAGCCGGGGCCAGACAGGUGCGCGAAAUCCCAGCGUGAGAACACCGAGGUCGCCGCCGGGACAGCCCAUGGGCUACCAACCGCCCGGGGCGGAGGACACGCCCGGCCGUAGCGUCGCCAACGAAAAGACCGGACUGGUGUCGGACGCAGCGAUGCCCGGUGUCGCAGGCGGCCGCCGGCGCAUCACCGGAGCGACGGGAGCUGCAUUGGAAGAUCCGGCAGACGGCACCGUCACACGCAUGGGUCGCAUCUACCAGGCCGUGCUGAACUUCUCCCUGGUCACUCGAUAUUUACUCUAUAUCCUGCCGCUGGCGAUCUUGCUCGCCAUUCCAAUCAUCGUGGGGGCCACUGUCGCGCCGCAUGCCGCCAUAGGAGGUGUUUCCCUGCCCUGGUUCUUCUUCUGGUUCGAGAUCGUCUGGGUCAGUCUGUGGAUAUCGAAAUUGGCGGCCCGCGGGCUGCCUUAUGUCUUCCAGUUUCUCAGUGGGAUUGUCAGCUCCGGCACGCGCAAAUAUGCACUGAUCUUGCGCAAUCUGGAGACGCCGCUGGCCACCGUGUUGUGGGCGGCAGUCUCGCUGGUCACGUUCUUCCCGAUCAUGGCGCUGAAUCCCGAGAAGAAGUCCCAAGGCGACAAAGGAGUGAAGGGGUGGGAGAAGUCUAUCAAGAACAUCCUUUUCGCUCUCUUCGUCUGUAGCUUGAUCUUCUUGGCCGAAAAGGCUGUGGUGCAGUUGAUCUCCAUCAGCUACCACCGCAAGCAGUUCGACCGCAAGAUUCAAGAAUCUAAGCGCAAGAUCCAGUUAGUCGGGAUGCUGUACGACGCAUCGCGCACCAUGUUCCCCAUGUACUGUCGCGAGUUCCGCGAUGAUGAUGCUGCCAUCUCGGACUCCCUGCUAGGGUCCCCAGCGAAUAAAGGACCGGGUCAUCUCCGAUCCAGCUCUUCCGCGCCGCUGAGGCUCAUUCGCGAGGUGGGACACAAUGUGGGGCGCUUUGGCAACAAGGUGACUGCAGCCUUCGGGGACGUGGCACACGAGAUUACUGGGAAGGAGGUGUUCAACCCGACGGCGGCCCAUUCGAUAGUCACGCAGGCGCUUGAGCGUCGACGCUCCUCCGAAGCCCUGGCGCGGCGCAUCUGGAUGUCGUUCGUCAUCGAGGGCCGCGAGGCCUUGUUCCCCGACGACAUCUCGGAAGUUCUCGGGGCGGGCAAAGAGACCGACGCGGACGAAUGCUUCCACAUGCUAGACCAGGACACCAACGGGGACAUCAGCUUGGACGAGAUGGUCAUGGCAGUUGCCGAGAUCGGACGCCAGCGCAAGUCGUUGAACCACAGCAUGCACGACGUUGACCAGGCCAUCCACGUGCUAGACAACCUGCUGAUGUCGGUGGCCUUCAUCGUCGGCGUGCUCGUGUUCGUGUCGUUUGUCACCAGUGGAUUUGGCACCGUCAUCGCUGCGGGUGCCACCUCCCUGCUGUCCCUCAGCUUUGUCUUCUCGACCACCGCUCAAGAGGUGCUUGGCUCGUGCAUCUUUCUCUUCGUCAAGCACCCCUUCGACAUUGGCGACCGCGUGGAGAUCGACAGCAAGCCGUAUGUGGUGGACCGUAUCUCGCUUCUGUUCAGUGUCUUCCGGUGUGUGACCGACCACCGACUGACCCAGGUGCCCAACGCGGUGCUCAACACGUUGUGGAUCGACAACUUCACGCGCUCUAACGCCAUGCACGAGACGCUCACCGUGCCGGUCCACUUUGAUACCACCUUCUCAAACAUCCAGAUGCUCCGCGACGAGAUGGAGCGGUUCGUGCGCGACAAGGAUAACUGCCGCGACUUCCAGCCCGAACUCACCGUAGACGUGACCGGCGUCGGAGACAUGGACAAACUGGAACUUAGUGUCUCCAUCUGCCACAAGUCCAAUUGGGCCAACGACGCCGUGCGGGCCUCCCGCCGCUCCAAGUUCAUGUGCGCGCUCAUUGCCACAGUGCGCAAGAUUCACAUUCGCGGACCCGUAGCAGCCGACGACGCUGGCUGCGACAGCCCUUCCCCAUCCGACGACAAGUCCGAUGACGCCUCCUCGAAAGAUACCAGUGCCGCGGCGCGCGCCGCCGGCGCCAGCGAAGGAGUGCGUCGCCUCCACACGGACCUAGCCGAUGACGAGUCCCGCUCGACUGGCUUCGACGUCGCACGGUCUACAGGCUCCCUGCACCGCCGUGGUGCAGGCUCCACCCCAUCCAUCAGUCUACGCAGCGGCGCCACUUACCCCGACCCGCGACGAUCGCGCUCUGUCGCCGGCGGCGACGUCGACAAUUACCAGACCCCGGCGGCGUCCCCAGGGCAUGACCCCGCGGCAGCCGCCAGCGCGAACUACGUGUCUCUGGCGCGGACCCCAUCCCCAGCUCAACAAGGACCAUGGACGCCGUUCCCCACCGCCACAGGCGGGGUGCCCAUCCUCUCCCACCCCACGCCCCCUCGACGGGCAUCCAACCAGUACCCGCCUCCCCCGACGGACCCCUACCACCAGCACUACGAGGCUCCAGGGCCCUCCUCCGCCCCGGGACAGGCGGUGACGUCUUACCCUGAAAACCCAUACUUAACCACGCAGCAGCAGCAGCAGCAGCCGCCGCCCUCGGAGCUGCCGUCCGAGCGACCCGGAGAGAACGUGGACUCGUUCGAGGAGGAGCGGCAGCCGGAGUCGAUCCCGCCGCGGUCGGCCUCAGCCAGACAGGCGCACGAGAUGCCGGGGGCGUUUCGACGGUGGAAUUAGUAAAUUUAUAUUGUAAUGAGUAUGGGAUGGAGUUGGGAUAGCGC